AGCUACUUGUCAUUAUUACCGUUGAUUUCGCUUAAUGCAUUGUGAACCUCAUUAUGGCGAACUGUUCCGCAAUUGGCGCACAAAGAAAAGGUGGGCUUAUUACUCAUCAGUCUAAUGUGGGCUGUGGAAAGAUUUUUGUAUAAUUGCGUUACAUAUAAAAGCUCUAUUUUCAAUAAGCCUGAGAAUAUGGGUUGCUUUCUCUAAAUUAAUCUUGACCCACGUCAAAUUUUAGUUAUUUUCCUCUGGGUGGAUCUUCAAAACCCAUUAUCUCAAGAUUUUAGUGGUGGUGCCGGAGAUGAUGGUGGUGUGGUGAAACUUCGCUUUGUGCUAAUGGGUUGCGUGACGUCCAAGCAAGCGGUGUCCGUAACGCCGGCUGCAUUGGAUAACUCCGGGGCGCUAACUGGAGGAUCCGAAUUGGGGUCAGGUCGGAGCCGGGUGGGUAGCGGUGGUGGGUUGGAUUUCAACUUGAAGAAGUUGAAGAAGAGGUCGAAUGAGUCUGGGAGCGAUUUGGGCGAGUCCGGACCGGCGAGUUCGAACGGGUGUGGGAGUGAAUCAGUGAGUUUUAGGCUGGGGAACUUGCACAGGUAUGUUGAAGGAGAGCAGGUGGCAGCUGGGUGGCCGGCUUGGCUUAGUGCGGUGGCUGGUGAAGCCAUUCAGGGAUGGGUGCCAGCCAAAGCCGAGUCUUAUGAGAAACUUGAAAAGAUUGGUCAGGGUACAUACAGCUCUGUAUUCCGAGCGCGUGACUUAGAAAGUGGGAAAAUAGUUGCUUUGAAGAAGGUACGAUUUGACAAUUUUGAACCGGAAAGUGUUCGUUUCAUGGCUCGAGAAAUAAUGAUUCUUCGCCGGCUUGACCAUCCAAAUAUUAUAAAGUUGGAAGGAUUAAUUACCUCACGGUUAUCAUGCAGCAUAUAUCUGGUGUUUGAGUACAUGGAACAUGAUAUCUCGGGGCUGUUAUCUUGCCCAGACAUCAAGUUCAGUGAAGCACAGGUUAAAUGCUACAUGAAACAGUUAUUGUCUGGUCUUGAGCAUUGUCAUUCUCGGGGUGUAAUGCAUCGGGAUAUUAAAGGUGCAAAUCUUCUGGUAAAUAAUGAAGGAGUUUUGAAGGUGGCAGAUUUUGGGUUAGCAAAUUUCUGUAGUUACGGUCAGAAGCAACCUCUUACCAGUCGAGUAGUCACUUUAUGGUAUCGUCCUCCCGAGCUUUUGUUGGGCUCAACUGAUUAUGGAGCUUCUGUGGACCUCUGGAGUGUUGGAUGUGUAUUUGCUGAGCUUCUCAUGGCUAGACCAAUCCUUCAAGGAAGGACUGAGGUUGAACAGUUGCACAAAAUUUUCAAACUAUGUGGAUCCCCUCCAGAUGAUUAUUGGAAGAAAUCUAAACUUCCUCAUGCAACUUUGUUUAAACCGCAACAUCCUUAUGAGAGCUUUCUUUGGCAGACUUUCAAGGAUCUACCAAAAACAGCUGUUAUACUGAUAGAAACUCUCCUAUCUGUGGAACCAUACAAGCGGGGAACUGCAUCCUCGGCCCUGGAAUCUGAGUAUUUCAAGACAAAGCCUUAUGCUUGUGACCCAUCAAGCUUGCCAAAGUACCCACCAAGUAAAGAAAUCGAUAUUAAACAUAGAGAAGAUGCAAGCAGGAAGAGGUCUGCUGGAAGAUCCCGACCUGAAACAAGGAAACCCACCAGGAAACAGAAUGGAAUCAGUAAACUGGCACCAGAAGAGAACUUGCCUGUUAAAACUCGAGUCAACCCUAAAGUUAAUGGCAAUGCUGCAAGUAUUCGCCAUGGGGAUAAAGUCUUAGGUCUGGACCUUCCAAAGCCAUUGACAGACGGAACAGAAGAGGUGGCAUCUCAUGUAAAGAAUGCAUCUCAAGGUGAUGAUACAUAUAUGGGUCCUUUACAAGUUUCAGGAUCUAGUGGUUUUGCAUGGGCAAGGAGACGGAUGCAUGAUUCAUCAGUAAGAUCACGGAGUCGGUCUAGUUCUAGAAGUCUAAUUUUUGAACCGUCAGGCAUGUUGAGAUCAAGAAAUAACUUGGAUUCACAAGUGGAAGAGAACAAUGAAGCUGUAAGUGGACAUUGUGCUGAUUCAAAAGAUCAUGACUCUCGUCAAGCCUUCAAGCAUUCAAUGCUUAAACAGUGGAGUCAAUUAGAACGUCCAGAUUCCUUUGAUACGUCUGACGGAUACCAAUCUCAGGAACUGUCACUGGCACUUUAUCAGAAAGACGAAUUGGCCCCCAAGAGAAUCAGUUUGGUUUAUCAGAAUCAGGCAGAGAAGGUUGAAUUUUCAGGACCCUUGCUCUCUCAAUCGCAAAGAAUUGAUGAUCUCUUAGAGAAACACGAGCGUCACAUCCGCCAGGCUGUUCGAAGGUCAUGGUUCCAAAGAGUCAAGAGAAAUGAAAAGUAACUGGACGGAAUACUAUUCCAAACGAUUCACGAGAGGAUUUCUUGGCAAUGGGGAUUGAAAUCAAGCCAACUCGAUAGUUGACAGAUUUGCUGAUAGUCAAAGUUGCCUUUGGAUGACAAGGAUUGAAUGAGGACUAUGAGUAUGACCAACAAAGGUUGAGGAACCAAACUGAAGUCAGUGAAUCUGAUAUACAUCAAACAAAGAUGAUCAUAGGGCUGAUAAUUCUUUUCUUUUUGAUAGCCAUGAAAAGUACAAUCAUAUUUCCCUAUUACUUCCUUUAUUAAGUACCCUGGACAUCUUGUUGAAUCAUUCUCCUAAUGUAUAGGAAAUAUAUGGGAGUUCCAUAAAUCUUCUGGUAAUUGUUUCA